AUGAAUCAGAUCGAAGAAAUACGCACUGCCAGCAAAGUCCACCUGUAUGACGAGAGCUCUCUAAUUCACAGAUCUACUCGGAACAAGGAAACAGUUAAGGAUUUGUUAUUAGUCAAAGGAAACGCAGAACUAAUAGGACACGGGCAUGGUUUACCAUGGGGAAUAGCUGGUCCCGGCGUGCUGAUCUUAACUAAAGGUCGGAGACGCGAGGGACACCCCGUGUACGGGUAUGGAGAACCCACUUCCAGGUGGGUGCCAGGGGCUUCACCAAAGAACAAAACGAAAGGUAGCAGGAGCAGUCACUCUGUAAAGAAGACAUUCGAAGACCACAUAUAUGAUGCGGUGGCUGAACUCCCAAUCUACGCGGUCAUUGACAAGAAGAAGAAAGAGAGGAAUCGCGCAGGAGACGAGGGAGACUUGCAUUACGCAGAGAUCCAGGUGCUAACUGAUCCAGCCCCAAACUACCACCUCUCCCUCAGCAGCAAGAGGCUGAAAAAACAACGACAGAACAAUGCCACAGUGUAUGCCACCAUUGACUUCCCUGCAGAGCGUAGAUCAGCACACAGCACAGCAAGAAACACCAUCGACUUCCCUGCAGAGCGUAGAUCAGCACACAGCACAGCAAGAAACACCAUCGACUUCCCUGCAGAGCCUAGAUCAGCACACAGCACAGCAAGAAACACCAUCGACUUCCCUGCAGAGCCUAGAGCAGCACACAGCACAGCAAGAAACACCAUCGACUUCCCUGCAGAGCCUAGAGCAGCACACAGCACAGCAAGAAACACCAUCGACUUCCCUGCAGAGCGUAGAUCAGCACACAGCACAGCAAGAAACACCAUCGACUUCCCUGCAGAGCCUAGAGCAGCACACAGCACAGCAAGAAACACCAUCGACUUCCCUGCAGAGCGUAGAUCAGCACACAGCACAGCAAGAAACACCAUCGACUUCCCUGCAGAGCCUAGAGCAGCACACAGCACAGCAAGAAACACCAUCGACUUCCCUGCAGAGCCUAGAUCAGCACACAGCACAGCAAGAAACACCAUUGACUUCCCUGCAGAGCGUAGAUCAGCACACAGCAGAUCAAGCAACACCACAGACUUCCCUCCAGAGCCUAGAUCAUCACACAGCACAGCAAGAAACACCACUGACUUUCCUGCAGAGCCUAGAGCAGCACACAGCAGAUCAAGCAACACCAUACUUCCCUCCAGAGCAGAUCAGCACACAGCACCGCAAGAAACACCAUGA